CAACAACAACAAUUCAAAUUUAUUUACAGUUUAAUAAUUUUUUGUUGUUAUUAUACAUUUAAUUCCGCAUAGAAUUUCCAUAAAAAUGAGUGAAUUACAAAAUACUUUAACACAAGAUCAUAUUAAAUUGGUGGAAAGUAUCAAUCGCCGUGUUGACAGUAUUUACCAGCAAUUGUGUGAAUAUGAUGAUUCCAUUGAUCCGCGCACUUUGGAGGAGUAUGGUGAUGCUCAGACAAAAAUUAUGGAUCUACUGGAAACAUUAGAGACCAUACAGGAUGCUGCCCAGCGUAUACGGCCCUUUAAUUUGCAAUUACGUUCGCAGCAGCAGGCUUUGGAUGAACAAAUGAAAUGCUUGGAGUUAUCGGUGGAUUUAAUGAAACUGGAAACGGGUGCGGUGGACAAAUCUGAAAGUAGUGGGAGUGUAAUGCAGGAAUAGUAAGGGAGAGUUGCAGACAAUUUUAUAAUCAUAAAAUAUUAAGUAUUAGUACAUGAUUGAUCUGAUUUUUUUUUUACAAUUUUAUAGAUUUUCAUAUUAUACCUACCUAUUUAAUGAAAUUGUGG